AUGCCCAUCACACUGGAUCGAUUCCCACAAAAACCUAUCCCUCCGUCUGAAUCUGGCACAGACAGUGCUACUUCACCUGCGACUACUACCUCGUCUCAAAAUUAUCGCCCCACACUACCUAACUAUGUGCUCAACUCCUUGGUUCGAAAUUCCGAACGCCCAGCUUCCUGUCCUCUCAUCACACCAGUCAACGGACACGGAUUGAAUGAGUUAGAUACUCGUUUGAGUGAUCCAACCAGUCCGUCAUCCGUGCGUCAGCCUGCUGCGAAAAUGCACUCCUCGUUCACGAUCACAUUCCCCAAACUUCCCGGUUUUCGACGUCCCGUAACUGAGGUGACAACUCCAUUGUCUGGUGAGGUGAAUCAGAGAGAUACAAACUCGUUCCCGGGUGAGCACACUAGUUCCGCACUAUAUACAACCGAUGGAGCAGUUCCACAUACCACCACACACGAUGAGAACAGUAUAACCACACGUUUAUUACCUCAUGGAACCUCGUGGGAGAGUGGAGAUGUGGAAGUCUCCAUCCCGUCGGAUGUCGAUCAAUCAGACUAUCAUGUGAUGGGAGAUCAAAAUGGAGGUCAAGGAGAUUCAUCCUCAGAGAACUUGGACACGGUGAGUAUGGUUUAUUCUAGAUCUCUCCUCCUUUUUAUCCCCAAUUUUUUUGACUAUAGUAAAAAAGAGGAACCUCUUAUUCAAUGUACCCCCUAG